AUGUUGUAAACCAAUUCCAAUAAGCUAAAUAACUUAGAGAAACUUAUCAAACUUCUCUCAAAAUCGAAAAGAGAUUUCAAUGAGAAUGAAAUCAUUCUCUAAUUAUUAUUAUCAUAUCAAUAUUUUAAAUAUUUUUAUGAUAUCCUUAUUCAACAUUUACCAUUAGAUCGCAUCAUAUUAGUAUUGAAUGUAAAUAAUUAGAUGAUGGAUUCAUUAAAAUUAGAAACUUUCAAGGAAAACUCUCUAAUAUUUCAAGAGAAGGAACCUUCGAACUCCAAGAUUUACCUAAUCUUGUCUGGUUCAGUCUAUUUGUUAAGAAAUAAACCCUUGCAAUAAUUUCAUUUUAAUUCCACAAAGUAUUAAUAACUCUAUUAAAGUUCCAACUAUUACAAUAAAUAUGGUUAUAUAGUCAGGGAAUUGAAAUCCGGAGAUGGUUUUGGCGAUAAAAGUUUCUUGACAAAUUAGCCAAGGUCGCUAUCGGCGAUAUCAAAUGAAAAAUUGCAAUUAUUGAUUUUGGAUAAUUCGUUUUUAAAAGGAUUCGAAUCGGCAAUUAAUUAGUCAUAACACAAAGCGAAAACAUUAAUCUUUAGCUUUUUUCCAACUGUAAUUAUUUAUGCAAGCUUAGAUUAAGUUAAAUUAUUCGAAUGCCAGACUUGAGUCUAUAUUUUAUAGCUUUUAAGUAAAAAUCAUAUAGAUCUUUUUCAAUAGAACAUUUAUUUAGCACGUGAUGAGAUACUGUUUGAGGAAGGAAGUAAAGGAAAUGAAAUUUAUAUUUUGUAACAAGGAAAUUGUAUGAUUCUAAAGAAGUUCCAGAAUGAAAAUAUUUCAAUAGCAAUUCAAGAUAAUAAUUGUUUAUUUGGAGAAGAGGUAUUUUUUAGUGAAAAAUAUGAUUACACCAUUAAAGUCUAAUCCCUUUAAGCAUGUUUUCUAAAAAUAAAGAUUUAAGAUUUUGUAACUUUUCUUCCUGAGGAAUGCAAAAAAGUGUUGAAAUAACAUUACGAUAUCCAUAAAAAUGAUAGAUUUCGCUUAUAUCAAUAGGCAGUUGAAAGAUAUUAAAAAUAAUUAGAGGCUCAAAGAUUAAAAUUGGAGUAAUACUUGAAAUUUAAUAUUAUAGAUCCAAGCAAUCUCAAAAGUUACAAAAAUAAUUAAAGAUGUAGAAUUAUUCGUAGAGCGAAACAGAGUUAUAGAUGAGAUUUGAUAAGGAUAUCUCAAAUUUUAGAAAUUUUAUAUCUGUCAGAACUAGUUCUCUCUAUUUCAAUUCAACAAGAGGGUUCCAAGCUUAAAAAUUUAACAAUUAUUCUCCUUCCUUUAUAAUAGAUUAGUAAUAUAAGUUAUUAAAGGAGCCAUUAAAUCCAAUCAAUAGUCCAUUAGAUUUUGGUAAGGGAGAGGCUGAAGAGAUGAGAAAACGAACUUAAGUGUAAUUGUGUGUAAUGAGUAUGGAAAAGAUCAAUUAUUUGAAUUAAAUUAAGUCACCCAAGGUGCAUUAACUGAAAAAUAAAUUCUUAAAGACUUUCAAAUAACAAUAAAGGAAAUCAGUAUCAUAGAUGUCCAUUAGCACAGCAUUGACUCCAAAGAAAAGAUUGAGUUAUUUUUCACCAGAGGCGUCAAUGAUGAGUUUAGCUAAUUUUUGA